GUUUCUCCCAGACUCUCUAGCUUGCUUCUGAUAUGUCACCGUAAGAAGACAUUUACAUUGUGAACACCUGGAGAGACUGUAUGCAUCUUUUUCUUCUAUAAAGGGUCAAACCAACCAUGAGCAACAACUCCUGUGUUGGCCUUGGGGCCCAUAACUGCUCCAUCAAUGAAUUCAAGCGCAACGUCUACCCAGUGGCCUACCUCCUCAUGUUCAUCAUUGGCCUGGUGGCCAACCUGAUCUCCCUCUGGUUCUUCCUGAAGUCCUGGAGGUUGCAGAGGAGCCUCUCCUCAGUCAACCUCUUCAUGCUGAACCUCAACGUGUCCGACCUCAUGCUGGUCUGCUCGCUGCCAUUCAGGGCCUCCUAUUACAUCAACGACUCGCACUGGGUGUUUGGGGACGUGGUGUGUCGCAUCAUGUCCUACGUCUUCUACGUCAACAUGUACGGUAGCGUCUACUUCCUCAUGGCCCUCAGUGUGAUCCGCUACGUGGCCAUCACCAAGCCCUACACCUACAUGCGGCAGCAGAACUACCGCUACAGCUGGCUGGUGUGCCUCUCCAUCUGGCUGCUGGUGGGCCUAGCCUCCAUGCCGCAGCUCUUCAGCCGCACACAGCCGGCCAACAGUGACAAGAUGCGGUGCCUGGAGCUGCUGGACGCCAAGCCUGACCUGCUGAACACGUUCAUCAUCAUGAACUACGGGGCUCUGCUGCUUGGGUUCCUCAUGCCGUUGCUGGUGAUCCUGGUGUGCUACAUGUUUGUGGUGCAUCGUCUUCUGAUGCAGAAUAAGGCGCGUGCCAACAGGCAGCACUACAAGAGGUCCUGUUCGCUCAUCAUCAUCGUGCUCACCAUCUUCAUGGCCUGUUUCCUUCCCUACCAUGUGGCCCGGUCGAUCUUCUUGCAGGCAGAGUGGAGAGCCUGCGUGCACGGCGUCACCUCUUGCGGAUACAUCCAGAGCGCGCGUAAAGCUGCCGUGGUGACACACUGUCUGGCUUCGGCAAACAGCUGUCUGGAUCCACUGCUGUACUUCUUCGUAGGAGAGAAUUUCAGGACCUUUUUCAGGAGACAAAGCAAAAGGAAACCAAAACUUCAUAAUAACAAUCGACAGCAAAGACCGAGAUCGGAUGUUGCAAACACAGAGAUGCAGCAAAUUAAUAGAUAAGGGUGGGUUUUUAAUAACAAGUUUGAAUUAACAAGUUUGCCAAUUAAUCAAACUCCCAAUCUAAUGGUGUCCAACUAUCUUGGUUUAAAAGUCACAUACGGGUAAAUUCACAUCCUAAGAAUGUUUGACGCCCAGGAAUGUUUCUGCAAAUAUUUUUUCUCCCAGGAGAUUAUAUCCCAUGUGGACUUUUAAGGCGCAUCUGUUUAUGUUUGGGAAGUUGUUUACCCCAAAUGUUUAAGAGCUAUUGCCAUGACACUGUUAUUGAAAGCAUGAUUUACGUAGGCCUAUGUGCAUUUUUUACCUGG